AUGAAGUGGUUGAUCAUAGCAGCUGCCUGUCUGGCAGUGGGCAGCUGUGCCAGCAUCUCUCUGGAGGACCUGGAGUUCCAAGCAUGGAAACUCAAGUUUGCAAAGUCCUACAACUCGUUUGAGGAGGAGGCUGAGAGGAAGCUGGUGUGGCUGUCUUCCCGCCGUAAAGUCCUGUCCCACAACAUCCAGGCUGAGCAGGGCCUGCAGUCCUACCUCAUGGGCAUGAACCAGUUCUCAGACAUGAACAACGAAGAAUACCAACAGGCCAUCCUAUUGUCAAGCUUUAACCGCUCCAAUGCAGCCAUUACAGCCAAUGCCGCCAAUGGUGCACCCAGGAAGGCUGCGUUCUACUCCCAGCAGCAAGGGGCCGCUGUCUUGCCCGCCACUGUGGACUGGAGGCAGAAGGGGUGUGUGCAGAGAGUCAAAGACCAGCACCAGUGUGGAUCCUGCUGGGCCUUUGCUGCUAUUGCCGUGUUGGAGUCCCACACCUGCAUCGAGCACGGCUACCUGCCCUCGCUGAGUGAGCAGCAGCUUCUUGACUGUUCCCGUGGCUAUGGUAACCAUGGGUGCCAUGGAGGCUGGGAGGCCGCAGCUUUCGACUACGUCAGGGAUAACGGCGGGAUAGACACUGAUGAGGCCUACCCAUAUGAGGCAAAGGAUGCCUACUGUCGCUUCAAGCCGUCGGGCGUUGGCGCCCUCUGCCAUGGCCAUGUGGAACUGCCGUACGGGAAUGAGGAGGCUCUGAAGGAGACGGUGGCCUUCGUGGGGCCUGUGGCUGUGGCCAUCAACGCGGGACGCCCCUCUUUCCAACACUACGUGUCCGGCAUCUACAAUGACCCCCACUGCAGCAAGACCAUCACUAACCACGUGGUGCUGAUAGUGGGCUAUGGGACCGAGGACGGCAAAGACUAUUGGCUGGUGAAGAACAGUUGGGGAGCGCACUGGGGAGAUCACGGCUACCUGAAGAUGUCCAGGAACCAGAACAACCAGUGUGGAGUUGCCUCCUACGCUACGUACCCACAGGUGUAAACAUCACGAAGACUCUUAUUUUGACUCUUAUUUUCCUGCGCUACGUAUACCCACAGGUGUGAUGCUAUGAAGACUCUGAUAUUGACUCUUAUUUUCCUACGCUACGUAUACCCACAGGUGUGAACAUCACGAAGACAAUCAUUUUGACUCUUAUUUUCCUACGCUACAUAUACCCACAGGUGUGAUGCUAUUAAG